AUGGGCGACCUUGAACCUGGCAGCGGCAAGGGCAAGGAGCCGAGCGCGGGCGGCCGCUGGCCCGGGCUGUCCUGUGAGCGGCUGGGGCAGCCCUGCCUGGUGGAACUGCUGGGCUCUGCCCUCUUCACCUUCAUCGGGUGCCUGUCUGUCAUCGAGAACGGGCCGGGAGCCGGGCUGCUGCAGCCGGCGCUGGCCCACGGGCUGGCCCUGGGGCUCCUCGUGGCCACGCUGGGCAACCUCAGUGGUGGACACUUUAACCCUGCGGUGUCCCUGGCUGCCAUGCUGAUCGGAGGCCUCAACCUGACCAUGCUCCUUCCCUACUGGAUCUCCCAGCUGUGCGGGGGGGUGAUUGGGGCCGUGCUGGCCAAGGCGGUGAGUCCUGAGGACAGGUUCUGGAAUGCGUCUGGGGCAGCCUUUGUGACAGUUCAGGAGCCGGAGCAGGUGGCAGGGGCAGUGCUGGCAGAGGUCAUCCUGACCACGCUGCUGGCACUGGCCGUCUGCAUGGGCGCCGUCAACGAGAAGACGCAGGGCCCUCUGGCCCCUUUCUCCAUUGGCUUCUCCGUCACCGUAGACAUCCUGGCGGGGGGCGCUGUGUCGGGAGCCUGCAUGAAUCCUGCCCGUGCCUUCGGACCAGCUGUGGUGGCCAACCACUGGGCCUUCCACUGGAUCUACUGGCUGGGCCCGCUGCUGGCCAGCCUGCUUGUCGGAGUGCUCGUCAGGUUCUUCAUUGGAGAUGGGAAAACUCGCCUCAGCCUGAGGGGCCGCUGA